UGCCUUGAGGACAUUUGUUCAGUGACCACAAGCUUGGCCUCUAGACAUGCUGUCCAGAUUCAGAGGUCUGUUUGGCAUAGGGAAUGGACUGCCGGGAGAGACCAGAGUGAGGCAGAAGGAAGCUGGUCCUAGGUCUCCCUGGAAAACAUGGAAAAAUGGGGAAGACACAGGACUACUGGGAAGACACCAACCCAAACCUCCACCUCCACUGAGCAGGAGCAGCAGACGACAAAGUUGGAGAAACUCACCCUUCAGCUACAGAGUAUAUCAUAUGAGCAAAUUGAACUGCAUGGAAUCCUGGCCAGUUAUACAGACAAGGAUUUGCAGAACAGGCUGAAUUCUUUUGAGAUGCUGAAAAAGGAGCAUAAGCAGGUGAUGUUGGACUUGCAGAAAUUGCCCAUGGAGAUCAGUGACAGUGUGAACAAGGUCAAACAGCUGAUAGAGGAGAAUGUAUCCUACAGGUAUGUGCCUGAUUUAUCUUGGGAGUGGAAGGAGAGUGUACAUGUGUUGAGACUGAAGAACAGACAGCUGUGGAAGGAGCAGAUUGAACUGCAAGAGUCCUGUGAGGAGCUGAAGAAGCUCUUGAAGGAGGCCCAUGAGAUUAUCUGUGACCCUUCUGCUGAGCAGCAGCAGGUUCAAGAAGAGUAUCAGGGAUUGCAUGCCAAUGACCAAGAUUCUCAGAGGAGACUCACUUCUCAGAAAUACUAA